AUGGAAACACCAAAAUUACCAUUUACAAUUCCACAAGGAGUAAAAGAUUUAUUUGAUUUAUUUAAUCAAAGUUUAACAAUAGCAAAACAGUUUGCAGAAGAUGGAAUAUCGGUCAAUGUAUUUCAGAAACCACACUUUAUCAAGAUCGAUGAUAGAAAAGUAAAGUUUUGUUUAAAGUUUAGAUUUGUAUUGAUGAGAAAGUUCCUCAUCUUUGCAAGUCAGUUUGGUACAUUUGAUGUGAUAGUCUCUAAAACCUUUACACUCAAAGAUCCCAUUCUGUCAGUAGACUCUUACCAAAAUGCCAUUAUCGCUGCACUGGCCGACCCCACUCAGAUACAAAUACCACCAGUCCAAGUUGUCUCCAAGACAACAACCAUCAACAAUGCAACUCCUACUCCAGCUGCCACUGCCAAUAGUCCCGACGAUGAUCUCAAACAAUUCACAACCUCUGGAACUGGUCCAGCUGCAGGAUGGCUAGACAUCAACCUCGAGGUUGGCGAGAUUGAAAAGGUUCUUGGUAAAACACAAGCCAAGUAUUUCAGUCAAUUGGAAGAUGCCAACUUUGACGAGUUUGAAAGAGUAUUGAGCUUUGUCACCCAGAUUCUCAUGGAUACGAUGAAGCGAGGUAGAUGGAUGUCAACUAUCAUUAGAAGUAUCUACAAACGUAUUGACAAGGCUGGAUACACGUCAGAGGUGUAUAGAGGCAGUUACGAUGCUGUAGAGGACUGUAUCGACGAGAUGAAGGUUGACACUUCCAAAUCACAGUCUGAAAAAGACAAGGCCAAAAAAAAGCCUGUCAAACAGUCCUUCUUUGGUACAUCACGUGUGACUGCUUACUUUGACCUUGACCAUAACAAAAAAGAAGACGAAGACAAGCCAGAUGACGAAGAGGUUGCAAAGCUCCAACAACAAAUUAGACAAGAACAGAAAUUGUUGGAACAAGAACAAUUGAAAUUACAAUUAAAGAGACUUCAAGAACUUAAAAUCCAAGUAACCAAUCGUAUUCACAAGGAAUGUGUUAAAAAAUUAGGAGACAAAGAUGAUGAAGAAGAUGGAGUGGAUGGUGCCAACAAGAUGCAUGUUUCAGGUACCAAAGAAUUACCAUUAAAAGGAGGACACCAACAACAACUUCACCAAAGUGGUGUAUUAUUCACAGAGUACAUUGUAUUAUUAGCAAACAGUCAGUCGUCAGUCGUAGUUAACUCUCUAUAA